CCUCGCAGUGCACAGGCUGGCCAGACCAGGACAGAGGUGCCAGGGCAGCGGCGGAAGCAGGUGCCUGGGGACCGUGUCAUGUGGACCAGCUGGUGGCUCUGGCCCCUGGUGGCCAUCUGCACUGCAGACCAGUUCCGGGACGAGGCAGAGAGAAUCAUGCAGGAUACACCGGUCAUUGACGGGCACAACGACCUGCCCUGGCAGCUGCUGAACUUGUUCAACAACCAGCUUCAGGAUGAGAGGGCCAACCUGACCACCCUGGCCCAGACACACACCAACAUCCCCAAGCUGAAGGCUGGUUUUGUGGGGGGCCAGUUCUGGUCUGCGUACGUGCCCUGCGACACCCAGGACAAGGACGCCGUGCGGAGGACGCUGGAGCAGAUCGACGUCAUCCACCGCAUGUGUCAGAUGUACCCCGAGACCUUUGUGUGCGUCACCAACAGCACAGGCAUCCGGCAGGCCUUCCAGGAGGGGAGGGUGGCCAGCCUGGUCGGCGUGGAAGGCGGCCACUCCAUCGACAGCAGCCUAGGUGUCCUGCGGGCACUCUACCACCUGGGCAUGCGGUACCUGACCCUCACCCAUAACUGCAACACGCCCUGGGCCGAUAACUGGUUGGUGGACACGGGGGAUGACAAGGCCCAGAGCCAAGGGCUGUCGCCCUUUGGUGAGACUGUGGUGAAGGAGAUGAAUCGGCUGGGCAUCAUGAUUGACUUGGCCCACGUGUCUGUGGCGACCAUGAAGGCCGCUCUGCAGCUGUCCAAGGCCCCUGUUAUCUUUAGCCACUCCUCAGCCUACAGUCUGUGUGCCCACCGGCGGAAUGUGCCCGACGAUGUGCUCCAGCUGGUGAAGCAGACGGGCAGCCUGGUGAUGGUCAACUUCUACAACGAUUACGUUUCCUGCAAAAGCGAGGCCAACCUGUCCCAAGUAGCAGACCACCUGGACUAUGUCAAGAACGUGGCGGGAGCUGAAGCCGUGGGCUUUGGUGGGGACUAUGACGGUGUUACAAGGGUUCCCUCAGGGCUGGAGGACGUGUCCAAGUACCCAGACCUGGUCGCUGAGCUGCUCAGGAGACAGUGGACGGAGGCGGAGGUCAGGGGCGUCCUGGCUGGCAAUCUGCUGAGGGUCUUUGAGGCAGUGGAGCAGGCGAGUGACCAUACGCAGACUCCUGAGGAGGAGCCCAUCUCGCUGGACAAGCUGGUGGCUUCCUGCAGGACCAACUACGGCUACUCAGAGGCCCCCAGCCUCCACUGCCAGCCGGGGUCCCUGCUGGUAUCCCUCACCCUGCUCCUCCUCAGCCUGUGUCUUCAAUGA